AUGUCCUCAGCAUGUGCAGAAAAUGCUCUUGUCCGGAAGCGAUGCACCACUCAACGAAGAUCCAGAUAUGGCUGCCGCAAUUGCAAGCUCCGAAAACUCAAGUGCGACGAAAGCAGACCUCACUGCAAGAAAUGUCGCGCAUUCGGGAUAGCAUGCAACUUCGUGUUCAAUAUCCCCGACCUACAGCCCAUCACCGCUGAGACGGGGUUGACGGCUCGAGGGAAAGCCGAGCUACAACGCCCCGUUGCCAGUGCAGUCUGGACCGCGGACCAAUCGACUUUUUAUCAGUUGAACACGAAGUGUCAGGACUUCCUCACCCGGUAUUAUGGAAGUAGUCUUCUCAGCCCGGACGACCCGAACAUGAUGCACGUGAAUCGCAGGCUCCUGCAACUAGCCUUCGCCUACCCUUAUCUCAUGCACGCCUCUCUCGCCGUGGCACUCACCUACGACCGCCACCUGAAUACCCCAACAGGCAGCCGUCGCAGUCUGGACGAGUGCUACCACUGGUACCAGAGCACCGCACUCCUCAACCGGCGGUUCAGGGAGCGGCCGAUCAACGCCGAAGACAAGGAUCCACUCUGGGGCACGCUGGCUGCGCUGGCCGUCCUGGCCUUCUCCUCUCCUGAGGCAUGCACGCCGGAAGAAUCGUGGCCCUUCACCCUCUCAGACCAAACCGAUGCAUUGGACUGGGUCCGUCUGAGCAAAGGUAAAAUGGCACUGUGGCACAUCGUCGAUCCCCUACGCCCAGACAGUGUCUUCCGCGUCAUGGCGCCCACCUUUGCGCAGAUGAACACCCCCUUGCCGCAGCGCGGCGUGCAUGGUAUACCACGGGCCGUGGCGGCCCUGUGCGUCCUUCACGAGGGAUCGACGGCGACAGAGAAUCCGUACUUCGAGGCCGCCCACGCUGUUGCCCAGAUCCUGGACCUUCCAGACACAAGAGUCACGACCGGUCCAGACAUACUCCGCAACAGGGACCCUGCCGCGCUCGUGUUGCUGUAUCUGUGGUACCGCAAGGCCGCCCGAGUGGAAUGUCCCUCGAUCUGCUUGUACCUUCAACGGUAUCACAAAGGGGAUGCUGCGGUGCAGGCGUUCCUUCCGGAUGGAGUCUUUGCCGAGAGGUGGAGUUAA